AUGACUGCCACAUUGAUGCUGAUGUUUCUGGUCCUUGCGGAACAUUGUCACUACAAUGUCUCCGCUUCUGUGUCGGAGCUAGGGUUAAGGAAAGCAGAACCCCAGAACAAGUGGCAGGAAGAGACUAUUCUAAACCAAUACUUACGACUCGUCGAAGCGACGGAUACAGAUGAACAUCCUGAAUAUCUCCAAGACUGGGGCACUACGACUAUUCCUGUCAUUAUUUCGAGACUUGCCAGCUGCCAGCAAAGCGAAGUUCUACGUGACUACCUCAACCAGAAAAAUCUUACACUAUUCGCUUUGGACCCCCAAAGAAGUGCUUGUGGAUGUGAAGAUUUGUUUCUUAAGGUGCUGGUGAGGAGAGAAGUAUUAUUUGUGAGAUCGAGAGCUACAAAUGAAUAG